AAUGUAAUUUCCUGUUCAAGAAACUCUUGACUUGAGGCAGUCUCGCGGAGAGUCUACGGCGAGAGAGAGAGACACGGGAGUGAGAAAGCAAGGACAAGAAGACAAGCUACUGAUAAGAUAACUCACCCAAGCAAAGUGAAGACGGAGGCAGACGAGACACGGUCAUCGAACUAACACAAUAAAACGAGGACUGUCAUUCUUUCAGACAGAAGAAUAGACUUGAACAAAAGUCCUCACAAGAACUUAAAGUGCAACUGCGCGAGUGAGAAAACAGAAAAGUAAACUUUGAACAGAGUUACAAAACCUAGCAGUGUUUAUUUUGAGGAGAAAUAAAGUUCAGAGAGCAUUAACAAAACCCUACAAAAGUCUACUGCAGCAAUUUUACAAUCAUAAGAGAAACAGAAGAAGGGAGGUUUAAAUAUAAAGUACAAUACCAGGAGAGCACAUAACGAAAAAAGAAAAUAACUGUAACACGUAGAAUGAAAUUGGUACAAUAUCACUGAAGAUUCCAACUGCAUCAGCUUGCUGACAGAUGUCUCAGGUGAGAAGUAAUCCUUCAAGCUUGCCUGAUUCGUCCAAUGAGGACCCCGAUGUGGUGCCAAACAAAGCCAGGCCACAGUGUGCAGAGGAAGACGAGAAAGCUGCACAAACAGACAAUCAAGAAACUCACAAAGUUGUAGAGAAUGGAAACAAUAAUAAUAAUCUUCUAGACGCUGGGACUCCAGACCAAACUGUAACAUGUCAACCUCAAGCACAUCCUACGCCGUGUAACACAGCACUGGAAAGCCCGUCGGAAAACGAGGCCUUCUUGCAGAACGGGAUGAAGAACCUUGCCCGGAAGAAUGGUGUGAAGAAUGGGAGUGUCAGCGCCGGCCAGACCCCCAGGAUCGUCUCACAGGGGGGCUCUCAGAAAAUGCACCAGAAGCUGCAGUCCAAAAGUUCAAUCAGCAGCCAGAACAGCAAGAAAAGCAGGAGCAGCUCCAAGUCUGCAACGUCUCAGAUCCCUACGGAGUCACAGGAUGACUGCUGUGUCCACUGUAUCCUGGCCUGCCUGUUCUGUGAGUUCCUCACGCUGUGCAAUGUCAUGCUUGACUGUGCUACCUGUGGGUCCUGCUCCUCAGACGACUCGUGCUUCUGCUGCUGCUGUGUGUCGGAGGAGUGCGGCGACUGCGACCUGCCCUGCGACAUGGACUGCGGUAUCAUUGAUGCCUGCUGUGAGUCGGCAGACUGCCUGGAGAUCUGCAUGGAGUGCUGUGGGCUCUGCUUCUCCUCGUGAAGAGCAGGCAGAUCACUGCACUGGGACCACAGCAUGAGCUGCUGAUUAGGAGAGCUCUCAAAUGGAAUGCUGCCUCAAAUACAGUAUGACGUGUGUAUACACAGUAUGUACAUGUUAGGGUAUAUGUUGUGGUAUACGAUUCAUGCAGAAUGACCCUCCUCAUGUACCUGCAGGAAAGGGCCCACUCUAAUAUUAGUUCAUAUUGACAAAAGCUAAAUAUAUGACGUGGGUAUUUUGCAUAUGUGCAUAUUGGUGUUCUGCAUGGGCUUAGUGGCGAUUCUAGUACAGGUGCGUUUUUGUACCUGCACACAGACUUAUUUUCUUAAAUUUCAUUUUGUUUUAUUCUUUAAAAGAAAAACUUAAAAAUGCUGCAAUAAUUGUUUAAUGUAGUAGUCAACCAAUCUUUCAAGACUGGAACAAGUUAAACCUUAAAAAACAAAUGCAUAGAUGUUUGUGGUUUUUUUUAUAUCAAGUAAAAGGAUGUUUGACCGUCCUGAAUACAAAUAUAUUCAAAUUAUUGGUUGAGAAUGAGUGGAGGAAAGUUCUCUUGAAUUGUUGUCAAGUAGACGUUGGUCUUAUCUUGUCAUUCCUUGGCUUAACUUUUAAAUGAUACUGCAAGAUAACGAAUCGUUUCAGUGUAUUGCAUAUGGGUUUACCCAAAACCGGUCAACCUUGUUGUGGGGAGUUAUUUAUCUUUCCCAGACCUAGUCUGUAGUGCUCAAUAACUUACUGUAAACCAUGGCUUAACCUUAAGUAUUGCUUCAGUAAAGCACAGUAAGCCUUAUUAUCGUGCACAGCACAGUGGUACUGUAGGUGUGUUACAGCAGAACUACUGCAUGCUUUUUCCAUUGAUCGUCCAUGACUCAUCAUAGCUGUUUUAAUAGGGUAUUUAUUUACAACCAAUAUGAGUCAUUUGGGUUCAGGGUUAGCUUGGUCUUUUAUGAUGUGACUUCAGCAGCCACAGAGGCAUAAAGUGUUUUAUUUGGGAAACAACUUUGUGAAUAGGGUACAUUGAUAGCAAUGUAGGUAUGCUCAACUGUGUUUAUUAUUAUUAUUAUUAUUAUUAUUAUUAUUAUUAUUAUUAUUAUUAUUCAUAAUAAUAAUAAUAAUAACAUUUUUAGAAUAUAGAUCCAUGCAAAAUGGUUUAAAUUAGCAGAACAUUGCUUCUAACAAAAGCCUCCAUAUAAUAUACUACUACUACCACUACAAUUAAUAAUAAUAAUAAUAAUAAUAAUAAUAAUAAUAAUAAUAAUAAUAAUAAUAAUAAUAAUAAUACAUAUUCUUCAUAGGAGUCCAACAAUAAUUAUGAUCAAGGACCACACAUGUUACAAGAAAACAGAAUGAUUGAAUUUGUUAUUAACAGAGUAUAUGUAUGUUAUCAUUUUGCUACUAAAAUGCAAUGCCAAUGUGCAUAUGUAUUUAAUGAAAUGUGUUCUGAUUAUAUUGUUAUUUGAUUUAGAAUCUUUAGGGGCUCAUUCUGUAGAUUUGUGUUCUAUAGAUUUAGGCUUAAAGUGUUGCUUUCUCAAGAUGUAAAUUGAAGCUACAAAAUGAACAUGUUACUUCCUGUUGUAUAGGCACCUUAAUUCAUAUAUUUGUUAUAGAUUACUCUAUAUUAAAACAAAUAUGGUGAGA